AUGUCUGAGGAAGUAUCACCCCCCGGCAACGACCUGCGCGGCAAGGGCAAAGACAAGCAUCUACCCCAAAUUGACCCUGACAAGAACCCUGCUCUCCAUGCCCGUUUGAACUUCAACGGAGCUGAGCGGUAUCGCUUAUACGUGCAGCAAAGAUUGGCAGGGAAGAUUCACAUUAUAGUCAACAGGCUGUUUUACAACAAGAUUCGAUGGGAAUGUGCCAACAUCCUUGACCCUUCCAAUUAUGCCGGCCAAUUUUCUGACUACAAUAUGGCACUAUACCAGAUCAAGUCGAACGUCAUUUUCCUGAAUGUGGCUAAUGGCGAAGAAAGCAUGCAAGGGUAUUCCUUUGUGAACCACCGCCAUAUUUCCCUUGCUCUUGGUUUAGCACACGAUUUGCAUACCAGCUUGUCAGUGGCACUGAAGAGCAUCGUCAUUCUGACUGGAUAUGAGGCCCAACGUCGAGCCUACAUCGUGGAGCAAGGUCGGCGCCAGGGUGCUCAUCCUGAAGUUAAGUGGAUGGACAUGCCAGCCCUUGUGAUUGGAACUUUCCAGGGGAAUGCGGCCAACGUUGUCAUCUUCGAUGUGGUUCGUACCAAAGAGGUGGGCUUUAUGCGUUCAUACCGUCGCCUGAAUGUCGCCCUUAGUCGUGGUCGUUUCGCUCUGGACUGUCUUUACAACGCAGGCAGCAUGACAACCAAAGAGUUCAGAUUCCCAAGAAAGACCAUCAAGCACGCGUUGGCAAGAAUCUUAAGUUUUAGGCCAAGUGGCCAUGCCUAG